UCUCCUCCAGUCAACCCGCCGGACAGGCCCCAAGGCAGUGCCACCCGCUCCCACGCCUCCCCGGGACCUCCACUCCCAGCUGCCUCCGCUGUGCCCCCAAGUCGGCUUUACGUAGUAGUACUACUCCAUCAGGCGGGAAAUAAAUCCCCUCAAACACGCCUCCACCCUAGUUUCACACAAAGUCACUUCCCAAUGCUCGCAGAAGUUGGCGGCUUGUCGCCCCCUCUCUGCGGCGCCUCUCGUGAUUGGCUCUGAGGAGCCACGGCCCGAACGUCACUUCCGGCGGAAGGGAGCGCGGGAGAUUUGAUUGGCGGGCGCCCGGGGAGCUGUGGAUUCCGGUAGUUGGCGGAGCGUUGCCUGGGCUGGUCCCCCAGUCCUGUACCUCAGACCACAGUGUGAUUGCAUGAAUAGAAGAAGAAAAUUUCUUCUUGCCUCAGUACUUGCUCUCCAGAAUUCAAGUUUUAUAUAUCCAUCAUGUCCAAAGUGCUUCUCUCGGAUAAUCCUGGCCUCCAAAAGGUCCAGUUGUUCAAAAUGUGGUUCUACUGGUGAAGCCGAAAAUGCUAGCUACAGAUAUAAACUUUCCUUAAAAGUUGCAGAAUCAAACAAAUUGUUUGUCAUUACUGUAUUUGGAAGCUGCUUAGAUACAUUUUUUGGACUUACUGCCACUGGUUUGCACAGGUAUAUUCAGGAUCCUUGUAAAAUUUUGGAUAUACUGGACAGCGAUACAACUCAGAGCCUGUUAACUAAAGCAGUUGAAACUUGCUUUGUUGGACAAAGCUUUAUUUUUGGAGUCACGAAUUUUGAAACCCAACGUGGACAAGGUUCAGAUUCCAGUAACUUCUUACAGCAGUGCUACGAUCACAAAAGAGAAGUCAAAGCACUAGUAGCUUGCCAGAUUCUUCUGCCAGACCCAUGUGUUGCAGGCUUCACUGUCAUUGACUACUUUCAUCAGCUAUUGCAGACUUCCAAUUUCAGGAAAUCUCACUGUGCCUCCCAGUUACCUGAUAGCCACUUACUUACUUCAGAUCACUCAAAUAGUGAUCUCAGCAGCAUAUAUGGCUCUGACAGCACUUCUUAUUUUUUUGAGUCCUGUGACAGAGAGAAAGUUUCAAGAUUCUGGCAGCCAUCACUUGAACUCACUUCCAUUGGUUCACAACACACAGAUAAUGAUGAUUUUUCAGCUUUAGAACAAAACAAGGUUAUUAGUACUUUUCACCAGAACAGAAAGUAUUUCUCCUUUGCAGAGGCCACAGACUCCAAUAGCUGCCAUGAUCCCAUUCAGGGUUCAUGGAGCCUUGUUUCAUAUAUGGAUAAAAACAGUACAGCAGAAAAGUUGGAUGUAGAAAUUGGCUUGCAAACUAACCAGCUGAGUGCACUACCCAGCAGUUAUCAUAAUAAUGGACUUUCUGACUCUAAUUUGUUCCUUUUGAGCAAACGAGAGUCUCUUGACUCAAAUAACACAAAAUCCUUCCACAGUGUAAUGGAAAUUAAAAAUAGGUAUACCCAGUAUGAGCUACCGUGUAACCAGCAUCAGGAUGCAGAUUCCCCCACUGACCUUCAAGAGAAAUCUCUGUAUUAUUCACCUUCACCCCUCAAACUUGAAGAGAUGACUAGUGGUUCCCAGGAUUGUGACUCCAAGAUUUGGGAUGAUCUGCCAUUUUCUGAAAGCCUGAACAAAUUUCUGGCAGUUGUUGAAAGUGAGAUUGCUGUAACCCAGAGAGAUGCCUCUCAUAGGGAACAUGAUGCAGAUAACAGCAGUGAAUUCCAUGCAGACCAUGGCAGGUUGUCUGUGAUGCCUCAGAGUGCUGAAGCCUUGCACACACCACCUGUAGCUUUAAGAUCAUCACAAGCAACAGUUGCCACAGACUCUAGCAAAGAUAAUUUCCUCUCCAACUGUGAAACAAAUUCAAGUUCUAGUGUUCAAAAGGAGUCACAACCAGAUAACACAACUAGUCUUGGAAGAAAUAUUUCGCAAUUUUUUCUACACAAUACUUCUCUGUCAGCUGCCUUCCCUUCUUCAAAAGAUUCAGAAACAACACUUAAGAAGACUAUCAGAGAUAUACCUUGUGGGGAUGAAAUUUUAUGCAGGCCCAUUACUUCAGAGAGUGACCAUUCUUUUGUGAGUAUCAAAUAUUUUAAUGAAUGUGGAGGAAAAUCACUUUCAGAAAUGAAUGAAAAGUUGACAGCAUUGUGUUCUAGGAAGUAUGAUGUUUCUGAUCUUUGCAAAUUAGAAAAUAAACAAUCUUACAGGUGGCCAAAAAACAAAGGUGAUGAUUUUACAAUAUGUAGGAAACUUACAUACUCUUUAGAAAUUUCUUGUAGUAGUCCAAAUACAAGUACAAAUACACUGAAAGAUAUCCCUUAUGGACAUAUCAAUGAUAAGUUAACACAGAGCUGUUCUGCUGGCCUUGAAGGUAGCUACAAUGCUUCUGCUGAUCUCUUUGAUGAUAUCUGUAAAGAAAUAGGUGUUGCAACAGAAAUUACCAAAAAAUCACAAAAUAUUUUGUUACAUUUGGGAACAUCUCUGGCAGAAAGUCAUCAUGCAGAGGCUGAUUUUUCAUUGAACUCACUUUCUGAAAACUUCAGUCAGCCUUCACAGAAAUUAUCCAUGCAAAACAUAUCUGCCUGUACGCAUCCAAGAACAUGCUCCCCUCCACCUCUUUUUCAGUCAGAUUCAGAAGAUGAUUUUGAAGAUAGCCAAGACUUUGUUCCAUGUUCACAGUCAACUCCAGUUGCAGGGUUCCAGAAAACAAGAAUUUAUGGCAUAAACAAAUCUUUCCAAAAAAUUGCAGCUUUUUAUUCAGACGUUGAUGCUAACAAUAGAAAAACAAGGAUUUCUCCUAAAAAUGACAAACUGGAAGCCACCCGAAACUGCCCAAAAAAUAUAAAAACACCCAAACAGAAAUCCAGAAGCCCUAUUAUAACUAGUGUUAUACAACCAGAAGUUUUCAAACAUAAUCAUAUUGCUGAGGGCCUUGAAACUGAUAGUGAUGAUUGGGUCCCCCCUACCACAAAAAAAGUAUUUGUUUCUGAUAUGCUUGGAUUCCAAGUCAUGAGUCUAAGGAAAUGCUUUGCUGCACAUAAUUCCCCAGAUCAAAAAGAAUUACCAAGGAAGAAACCGAAACAUGCCAAACAAAGAACUGAUGACUGUUUAAUUAAGAAGAAGUUCAAUUUAAACAAUACUCUAACAGCAAUAGUUACAAAACAGAAAACUCCUAAAUAUAGCUGUAAAAGUUCAGCCUGGAUUUCCAGAGAGUCAAAUCUUGGACUCGAUUCUUUUUCAGAAGUCAAACAUUACUUUGCAUUUUCAGAAAAUUGCCCGUCUGCAGCACCUGAAACCAAAAGUGCUUGGUCGCCUGAAUUAUUUUCAUAAAAGGUCACCUGAACCCAACAUCUGAACUUUUUUAUGAAUAUAAAUCUUCUGGAAACUUUCCUCCAGUGUCUUUGAAAAUGUAAAGCCAUUUUUCCCCCAAAACACUAUGAUUUAGAGAUUGAGCACUUUAUUUUAUAUUGUUGAGUGUACUUUAGUAAUAUUGUUAAUUUUGCUUUAUAAGCAUAUUUGUUAAAAUCACAUGUACAUCCAGAAAUAAAGCAUUUG